AUGUCUGCUGGAGGAGAGAAGUCCAAGUCUGCUUCCCAGACCGACGGGAAGGCCGCUCAGAACAAGAUGUCUGAGAUGGGCAUGAUGUCUUACAAGAUGUGUGUGUACGACCAGGAGAACUUCCAGGGCCGUUGUAUCGAGAUCACCAACGAGUGUAUGAAUGUGUGCGACAUGGGAAUGGACAGAGUGCGCUCCCUGCGUGUUGACUGUGGACCCUUCGUGGGCUAUGAGCAGAUGAACUUCUGUGGUGAGAUGUUCAUCCUGGAGAAGGGCGAGUACCCCCGUUGGGACUCCUGGAGCAACAGCCAGAGGAAUGAUUACCUGCUGUCCUUCAGGCCUGUCCGCAUGGACCCCGAGAAGCACAAGAUCUGCCUGUAUGAGGUCGGAGAGUUCAAGGGUCGUAAGAUGGAGAUCAUGGAUGAUGAUGUUCCUAGCCUGUUCUCUUAUGGCUUCACCGACAGAGUUGGCAGCAUCAUGGUUAGCUGUGGAACUUGGGUGGGUUACCAGUUCCCCGGAUAUCGUGGUAGCCAGUACCUGCUGGAGAAGGGUGACUACAGGCAUUUCAACGAGUUUGGCGCCCGUUGCCCUCAGAUGCAGUCCAUCAGGCGUAUCCGUGACAUGCAGUGGCACCCUCAUGGCUGCUACACCACGUCCUCCAAGUGA